AUGGCGAGCGAGUUGUGUCCUAGGGCAAGGUCGAUCCAUUUGUCGAAGUUGGGUGGCGGCGGAAUGCCGUGCCGCUGCUGGUACGCCUCGACCGCCUCCUCAAGCGUUCGGCCGCUCGCUGCCCGCCCUUGCCAUAGCACCGACUCGGCGUUGGCUUUUGCGAUCUUCCAGGUGGCCGGCAACCUGUGGCUGCUCCUCGUCCAGCUCUGGGUGGAGGCUCCUCCUGCCGAACCGUAG